AUGUGUAGUCCAAACACGCACGAUAACCUCGUACGCGACCUAGUCAGGGAGUCUGGCUGUGCCAUUGCCUUUCCAUACUAUACACCUGGUCCAGAGGCGCAGUUUCCGGUGCAAUUCGAAGAAGCUUACGCCACAAUUGCCUACAUUGUCGCCAACAGUAGCACCUUGGGCGUGAAGGCAGAUAAGACAGUCUUUCUCGGAGACAGCGUUGGAGGCCACAUGACUCUUGCCAUGUCGAACCUCGUGGCUGAACGUGGUGGGCCCAAGGUGGCCUACCAAGUUCUCUUCUAUCCAGUCUCAGACUUGUCUCGCGAGUCGGAUACCUACAAAAGCUUUGAGAAUGGGCCAUAUUUAACGCGCAAGACGAUGUUGUGGAUGAAAGAUGCGUUUGUCCCCAAAGGAAGCGACGUUCAACACUAUCUACUGUCGCCAAUUCUCAUGUCAAAAGCGCAAGCUGCUCGUCAGCCUCCGAGCUUGAUCAUUGUGGCAGGCGUAGAUCCUCUGCGCGGCGAAGGAGAGAAUUUUGGUCACGAAUUACAGAAGGCCGGUGUUGAGACGGCCAUAUUCCGCGCAGAUGGCCAGGUACAUGAUUUUGCUAUGCUUGAAGCGACACGGAAGUCGCCCACUGCUGUGGCGACUGUCGAGCUGGCGGCAUUGAAGGUCCGCAAGGCAUUAAUUGGGUCGUAA